CGUGAGAUCAAAGGAGCCGUCGACGCACUCUCUCUAGGUCUCUCUGGGUGGUGGGUGUUUGGGAGAGAGAGAGAGAGAGAGAGAGAGAGAGAGAGUGGGAGAGUGUGUGUGUGUGUCUUGAGGAGUUGAUUGUUCUUGUUCCAGAUAAGUGUUCGCAAAAAGGAAAAUGGGUUUAUCUGAUGAGAACAAUGCUGCUCCGAGCAAACCCACAAAUCUUCAAGGAGGGUUGGAGAUUGGAGGCAGGAAAUUCGGGCAGGAGAUUAGGCAAACCAGGAGGGCGUUAAGCGUGAUUAACCAGAACUUAGUUGGAGAUCAUGCGUACCCAUGUCAUGUCGUCAACAAGAGAGGCCACUCCAAAAGAGAUGCACUGUGCGGGAAGGAUCAGGUGGAUCCAGUUCACAGACCAGUCACAAGGAAGUUCGCAGCGCAAGCGGCGAGCGCGCAGCAACAUUGCCCCGAGGAAGCGAAGAAGCCAAGAACGGCGGUUCAAGAGCGAAAUGAAUUUGGAGAUUGCAUAUUUGUGGACGUGGAGGAAUGCCAAUCAUCUUCAGAAAAUCAACCAGUCCCUAUGUUUUUGGAAAUCCCAGAAUCAAGAUUGGAUGAUCACAUGGAGGAAGUGGAAAUGGAAGAUAUAGUGGAAGAAGAAGAAGAAGAGCCAAUUAUGGACAUUGAUGGUAGAGAUCAGAAGAACCCACUUGCAGUGGUUGACUACAUUGAAGACAUUUAUGCCUACUAUAGGAGAACGGAGAAUUGUAGCUGUGUCUCUGCAAACUACAUGGCACAACAAGCUGACAUUAAUGAGAAGAUGAGGGCCAUUCUCAUUGACUGGCUUAUAGAGGUGCAUGACAAAUUCGAUCUCAUGCACGAAACUUUGUUCCUCACAGUCAAUAUCAUAGACAGAUUCUUGGCGCAGCAAUCUGUGGUGAGAAAGAAGCUCCAGUUGGUGGGGUUGGUGGCUAUGUUAUUAGCAUGCAAGUAUGAAGAAGUCUCUGUUCCUGUUGUUGGAGACUUGAUUCUCAUAUCGGACAAGGCUUACACCAGAAAGGAAGUUCUCGAAAUGGAAAGUUUGAUGCUCAACUCGUUGCAGUUCAACAUGUCACUGCCUACACCAUAUGUUUUCAUGCGACGGUUCCUCAAGGCUGCUGAGUCUGAUAAAAAGCUUGAGGUGCUAUCCUUCUUCUUGAUUGAGCUCUCGCUGGUGGAGUACGAGAUGCUCAAGUUCCCGCCGUCUCUUCUAGCUGCCGCUGCGAUCUUCACAGCUCAGUGCACCCUCUAUGGUUUCAAACAGUGGACUAAAACCUGUGAAUGGCACAGCAACUACACAGAAGGCCAGCUCCUAGAAUGUGCACGGAUGAUGGUGGGUUUCCAUCAAAAAGCAGCAACAGGGAAGCUUACAGGAGUACAUAGAAAGUACUGUUCAUCAAAAUUUGGUUACACAUCAAAAUGUGAACCUGCUAACUUUCUAUUAGGAGAGCUGAAGAAUCCAUAGCAGGAGCCCGGUGUA